UUCCUCCAGCAGUUCCUAAAUAGAAUGCCUACAGCAUGGACAUGUCUCACUGCUGAGUAUGAACUUCUUAUAAACAGUAAGGCUUUGCUCCUCUGGAUGAGAGAUUCCUUUUUUCCCUGUCUUCCAGCAUGUUACAGUGUGGGAACAUAUUUGGAUGCCAGUUCGAGGUUGUGUUUCUCCGAAAGUGCUGGGAUUCCCUAGUCACAGGAGUGGUUUGAUCCACCCCAACGAGCUGGAUCGUGCCAGCCCCCUCUUUGAACAAUGUUGUGUAUAAUUUUUCAAGUGCCGCUCUCUGUCACUGCAGAUGAAUCCUUUAUGUUUCAUUACAGGUUCAUUCCAACCGAAUCGCUCAAAUCUCUUAUCUGAAUUUAGCUGAAGGUUUGGUUAUAAGUUCUUCCCCUUUUUACAACCUAUACCUGGACUUCUUGUGUCAAAUAAGAGCCAAUCCAGAAUGAAUGAAAUAGAUCCCAAGUAAUCCCUUUUCUUCUCUGAAAAGUAUUAUCGCCCCAGUCUUUUCCAGGAGUAUGCAACUUCCCUUUUUGCAUGCAAUAAUUCUUAUUUAGAAGUUCUCUGGUUUAGCCUAGUCUUUGUUAUAUUCGCGUCUUCAUCCUUAAGACCUCUUGGAUUUUGGGCAAGCCAGCAUAUCUCCCCUUCAAGACAUAGGAAUGCAGAAUCCUCAAGCAAUAAAAUAAUUUUGUGGCUGUGUGAGGCUUAACUGAGAAUCCAGGAUCACAUGAUGCUUUCACAAAGAUCAGAGCCAGAGAGGGACUAAAUUUUGAUGAUGAUGUYCAUUAGUCCUGAGAACUUAUUAGCUCACUGUGGCAAGAGGGAGAGACAUAGAUGGAGACACCAUCAUGUUUUUGUUUCCUGAACWGUCUUAGUUUUAAAUUUUCUGUCAACAUUGGAUGUUGCCUGAAAGCCACCAGCUGACCAUCAGUGACCRGUCUGACCUUGUGUCAGAUGCCACGGAACUUCGCAGAAUUAAUCUCUGCUUCGAGCCUAGUAGACGCUGGUGAACUAAAGCACAUCUCUUAGAAAAAUAUGCAAUCUUGAUUUCAAAUUUUCCAACGAUGAUGAACCUACCACAGCCUUUGGUAAGUUGUUCUAAUUGUUAAUUACCCUCACAAAAGAAAAAAAGGUAAUGAAUACACCAAGAACCUCUUCCACUCUCUUAACUCCRUGAGGUGAUAGAGCCUGAACAUAGUGUCUCUGUGGGCUUCCCCUAGUACCAAAGCAAUGGUAAUGUGAUCCUCCUCUUACUGCUUUCCUCAGGCCAUAUCUCCAAGGAUAUAGUUCAAAUCAUGGCAAAGCACUGACAGAUGUUGAUCAGAUAAUUAACAGAUAGAAUCCCCAGUCUCCUUCAGAAGACUCCAUGUCUUCUGUGGACCAGAUUGUUCAAUCCACAUCAUAAACUAAGUAAUUCACAAUUUUCCCUAAUAUUUGUCACUGACAAACUUUAUCAGUCAUGUUUUUGUUUUCUUUCAGGUCAUUGCUCAAAAAAUACUGAAUUUUCUAGGGCCCAAAUUUGGCUUCUGGGGGACCCCUGUGAAGUAAGAACUCCUGCCAUGUGUUGGUUUCAUGAAAAAAAAAAGAAAUUAAUUGAUACUAAAUGCAUUAGCAUCUUUUAAUGAAUAAUUAAUUGACUUCCAUAUGAACUAUUUCUUCAUUUUGGUCAACAUUGGAACUAGGCUGUCAAGUCGUAACUGUUUGAUGCUGACUGGGGGGCCACUCAGUGGGACCUACAGGCUGCGCCAGGUUCACUUCCACUGGGGAUCCAAUGAUGAAGCCGGCUCUGAGCACAUGGUGGAUGGGAUGAAGUAUGCGGCAGAGCUUCAUGUGGUCCAUUGGAACUCAGAGAAGUAUUCCAGUUUUGUUGAGGCAGCUUCUCAGCCAGAUGGAUUAGCAGUCAUGGCUGUAUUUCUGAAGAUUGGUGAAUGCAACCCUCARCUGAAGAAGAUUACUGACCGCUUGGACACCAUCAGAAUCAAGGGGAAAAAAGCACUAUUCACAAACUUUGAUCCUAGCUGUCUGCUUCCCAAGUCCCUGGACUACUGGACUUACUUUGGCUCCCUCACUGUUCCCCCUCUUCUUGAGAGUGUCAUCUGGAUUAUUYUGAGAGAGCCCAUAACUGUUUGUUCUGAACAGCUGGCCAAAUUCCGCAGCCUCCUGAGCACUGCUGAGGAUGAAGUUGCCUGCUACUUGCUGAGAAACUUCCGGCCUCCCCAGCCCCUAAGGGGACGAGAAGUCAGAAGGAAUUAAAGGAGUAAAGCCAGAGUAGUCUCCCUCUGAAACCAAAGGCUGAAUCAAUUUUAAUAGUUACUAUACUUUGUGAUUUUAAUUUUUUUUCGUGGGUUGUUUUAACAAAUAGUUGUUGUUUUAUUAGUGGCUACCCUGCAGUCAUUUCUCACAGACAAGUAUGCCUGGAGUUGUCAUGGGUUCAUAGAUUUUAACAGGUCUGACUGGGUUUGAGUGCAUUGGCUUGGAAGCACUGAGCCACCAGCAUUGCAUGCAUAGAGGUCACUGCUAAUCAUGAGGGUCAAAUGUGAAGGAGGUGCCCAGAUCUUGCCACCAAAUUACUGAACAGGAUCCCUGGUAUUACUGACAGUCUUUUGGUCUCUAACAUAACAUUUAGCUUCUAUAUAAACCCCACACUGCAAUUCUCCAAGAAAAAAGUAUUCCAAGGGGGUGUAAUUUCAUUGCUUACUUUUGCAAUACCAUGCGUUCUUUCUUAUAAAAAGCAGUAAUGACUAACAGCAUUUAAAUAAAACAGAUAUUUAUGUGAUCCUGUUAUUCUGGAUGCUUUGUAGCAGUAAUAUGUAUUGAUUUAUGGGUUUUUUAAAAACAAAUAGUAGGGAUUUUGUAUAUUGCAAGAUCAUGUCAGGUGGAUUAAGUAUUCCUGAACUUCACAGUGUGAUGAGAUGAAAUUAUCCUGAAACCUGAAAACUGGAAGGGCAUAGAGGGGACCUGUUUGUACUUAAAUGCAGUUCAUUGCAUUUGGUGACAAUAAAGGACUAUGACACUAUAUCCACAUAACAUCAGACUUUUCCCAUUUAAAAUCAUGAGGAAGGAACAAUUAUGCUCUAGAUUGUUGCAUGCUGCAAUGUGAAUACCUCUCAUCUUGCUGUGGAGCACAGCACUACUCAGGUAUAGAAUGUCUCAAGGUAGUUGCUGAUGUUCUGCUGUCAUAGUUGAACUUCAGUAUUUGCACUUAUAUUCCAACACCAAAGAGAAUAGUCAGAGUAAGCCAAAGAAAUCAGAAUCAAGUCAACAUCUAAUAAAAAUCUCAGCCCUCAAUAGCAAUAUGUUGAAAUAUCUGUCUUUGUGAGUUGACUUGAGCCUAUGUUUCUCUCAGGAGCUUUUGUUAUCUGAAUAGAUUGGGUUUUUUUACACCAAAUAUUUUUAUUAUUUCUAUGAACUUACCAUAGGAUGUAGUUUAGGAUAGAAUUAUAUUUACUCUCAAACRGCAAAAACUACAUAGUGAACUCCAGGGAUACCUGCAACAGGCAGCUAGAGGUUUUACUGGCAGCAAGUAACACCAAUCUCUGUAGUACUUCUGACCAAUUAAUCUUCCAUGACUGCUUUCCUGGAAACUUUUUUUUAUAGGUUUUUAUAUCCUCUGCCUUUUACCUCAGUGGGUUGUUUGAUCUUAAAUGGACAAACAUGAGGGAAAUCACAAUCAGGAUUCAAUUUAUAUUCUUUUUUAUAACAAUAAAUUAGAUGUAGAGAUAUAAGUAUUUUGUCUUAGUUUAAGGUAAGUGGACUUACUUGUUUUUUUCUCCCCAAAAUGUAGCUAUUAUAUCCUGCAAGGCCUCCCAAUGUAUUUUGAAUAUUUUCUGAAGAAAAGAGCACAAAUAGGCCAUUGGAAAAAUAAAAGGCUUUUAGCAGCACUGAAAAGAAAAGCAGGAGUAUGUUGUAUGUUUUCACACCCUCUUUUAGACUUAGGAUUGGAUCUUGUAUGUUUUCCUGUUAUAUGAGUAGUUACAAAAUGUGAGAAAAUGUUUAUGGAUUGCAGGAAGGAUACAAAGUUUGUUUGCCUCAGAAGAGAAAAGAAUAAGGCUACUGMUUCAUAUUGUAAACAGAAGUUUUACAUAAUUUUUACAUAUUGUAAACAGUAGAGUUGAUCCAGUGUUUUUAUAUUUUUAAGGAUUUUGUCAAAAUAA